AUGGACACGCUGCCUUCUCAUCCGAGAAGGUUGUCAUCGUCCCUCGUCGGUGGGCCUGCGAGGCUCCAAGAUUCAAUUUCCCUUGGACGCACCAACUCCACCUCGAGCAACGAUUCCCCAUCGUAUGCUGGAAGCGUUGGGGCUAGUGGAAGCCAAAGCCUCGCGUCAAUCCUCAACAAUCCCCAUGCUAGCCGCUCGGAUGCACCAUGGUCUACCUGGUGGCCAUCUGGGGCGGGCAUUGCGCCCGACCUCCCACCAUCUAUUGUCCCCAGCACUCCAAUUCCCGAGGUUAAUUUUGUCGACUUUCAGCCAUACAUUAAGUCGAUCUUCGAAUCUUAUGCGAAAUUUGAGGACGUCAGAAAGCACAGUAGUAAAGAGAUAGCAGAUGGUUCAGAGAUCAAGGGCCAGGGGGAGGCACUCGUCGCUUGCCUACGGGAAGUCCCUUCACUCUUCUUUAAGGAGGAUUUCGCCCUGGAGGAUGGUGCGACGUUCCGGGCGGCCUGCCCUUUCUCUCCCAUUGGCCUGGAGAAUUCUGCCCUUCAGGAGAAACUGUCACACUACCUGGACGUGGUAGAGCUGCACCUGGUUAAAGAAAUAUCGCUGAGGUCUGAUUCUUUUUUUGAAGCCCAGGGACAGCUCCAGGGUUUGCAUGGUGAGAUAUUGGAGGCUUGCAUGAGGAUCAGGGGCCUGAAGGAGACAAUAAGGAUACUGAACGUCAAUCUAAUCGAUUCUGCAAGGCAGGUCCAGGAACUUAAUGCAACACGAAGUAACCUCGUGGAACUGCAGCAAAAGCUCACUGUCAUACUGUAUGUUAGCCAGGCACUUUCGGCAUUGAAACUGGUAACUAUCUGUUUGCUUUCUUCUACUCUCUGUUGCAUGUUUUCCUUUUCAUGCGUCUUCCUUCAGUCAUGCCAUCGUGAUAACAAUAUCCUGUGUUCUAGAGCAUAAAAUAAAUGGAAAAAAUAUAUCAGGGGAAUAGUCUUCUGACAUCUUUUUCUUUUAAACUAUGAAAACAUCUCAUGUGUCCAAAUAGACACAAUUGCUUGAACAUCAGUGAGUGAUGAAUAUUAGCUGCAUCAAAUUAUUCAUCUUGUCUAUCUCAGAAGAGGUUGGUUUCGCAAUUUCCCUCACUUCUUAUGGACAACUCCUCAGAGAAUUGGUGUAGAAUUCCAUGAAUCAUUGCCAAUUCAGCCAAUCUUUUUGGAUGAAGACACUUAUUUGGUUUUCUAGUCGCCUCCCAUCUCGUUCAUUAACUAAUAUUUUCCACUUUCACAUUUAGUAUCUUGUAAAGUAAGUAUGUCUACUUUUUACUUCAUCUUGUUUUGUUAACUCCCUCCUGCUUCCUCUAUCCACCCCCCAUAACAUUUCACAUGAUGAUUUCUGCGCUUUCGUGGAGCCUGUGUCCUCUUUCUCUACUCUCUCCACUGUACUCCGUGAUAGAUGCUACCUACUCAUAGUGUAUAUCAAUUCAAGGUUUGUAAAACUCUUUAGCCCGUUUUUGCUUUUAAUCAUGUAGACAUGUUUGUGUGAUGUGCAAUUGGAUCAUAGGGAAAAGACAUGAAAGGGAAAUGGUGUCCCCCUUUUGCUUUUUAUGUUCAAUUUUGAGCAUUAUAUUUUGUAUUUUCUAUGACAGAGAACUAUAAAUGAAAAAAAUAAAUUGUCCUUUAUAAAAAUAUAUAAUUUUUGUGGAAUUUUUUUUAAGCAACUUUAAUUCGGUCUAAUAAUAUGCAUAAUCAAACCCAUCCAUGUGUGAAGAUAUGAAUCAACCUUACACAAUUAUCAAUUGGUAUUAGUGUACUACUGUGACACUAAUCUAUUGACCUUGGAUCAUCUUAUCACUUAGUGACAAGGUUCUGUGGAUGUUGCUUUGUCUCACAUUUUGGUGCUCGCACAAUGUUGUUAGGUUUUUAAAUGAAACUGGUUUAGUUUUGAUAGCCAAGUUCUCUACGAAGUGCUAUAUUCUUUUUUUGCAUCGUUAGGCAUGAAUUGCUUUGCCCUUUUUGUAUACUAUCAUAACUAUGUGUUUUAAUGGUGUGUGAUAUCUAAAUAGUGCACUGCAUCUUUUUACUGAUCCAUACUUGGGCAUGCUUGACUCGGUCUUAUUUUUUGUCACAGCUUGUGUCAUCUGCAGAUUGUGCUGGUGCACUGGAUGUCAUCGACGACUUGCAGCAUCUGCAGGUAAUUUCCAUCUUUAAUGUGAAAAUUAGGGAUCCAUUUUUGAAAGGAUUGAGAACUUUUGAUGAAAGAAAAAAAUACCAGAAAAAAUGAUUAAAUAGCCGUUUUAUGAGAAACUAUUACUAAGUGUGUGUGAUCUAGAAUGGACUCAUAGGAAAUGUGAAAGGCCUCAAUACGCAGAAGACACCAAUAGAAUCAUCUAUAUGGCUCAUGAGGCCCAAAAUGGAUUUUCUUUCGUAGCAUUAGCAAUAAUUUCUCUUUCCUUAGAAAUUUUAUUUGUUAGCAUAUUUUCUUAUCAUAUCCUAGUGUUUGAGAGGAGUAAAACUAUUUUUACCUACUGCAGAUGGAGAUAUUUUUUUAUAUUCGGUAUAUAAUUUUGAUCUGUCUCUCAUUCUAGAUUCUGAGGACUCCCUUCUUCAAUCACUGCGAAUCAGAAGAUCAUCCCAAUCAUUUAUAGUGGACUUAAAUAUUUCAUUUUCCAUACCCUGUGGAUUCAUCGUUUUAUUUCUUUCCAGAUUCCACCACAUCAAACUGCCGUCACCCGGUCUUGAGAUGCAUAACAUAAACUUUCUGAUGAAACGCUCAGUUAUCAGUUCUUUUUUCCAAGGAUAAGGGUUAACUUUUUCCUCCUAAAGUUGAAUGAGCUUUCUGUUUCAUUAGAUGAGAUAGUAGCAUGGAUGGAAUGACACAUACAUUAUUUGACUGAAGGGUUUUUUUACACAGUAUUUGCUCUGCUAUGGUCCAUAGUGGCUGUCUUUUUAAAGAAACAGAGGGCUGAUGUAUUUCUUUAUGCAAACCACAGAGGGUUGGUAUCUGCUUGAGUAGAAAGUUGACUUCUGCCUUCCAAGUGUUCAAAAUUUUCGAUUUGAAAGAAUGAAUUGCAUCAAAAGGAACCUUUAUUUAGAGGGCUAUUGAGAAUUCUGACAAUCUGCAGUUAUGAAUGGAGCAAAGUCUUUAGACCAUCAAAGGAAGGGGUUGGAAGAUAGUUGACUUUUGUCUCAUUUUUUAUGCAAACUGUGGGAUGUUGUACUCUGUGAAAAAGAUACAUAGGUAUUUUGAGUUUGGUGGGCGAACUGUUUGGUCUAGUUGUGGGUUUGCUUCUCAUGACUUUGAGUUUUGCCCGACAGUGGCACCCAUUGGCUUCAUUUGCCCACGACUGCUGGACAUGGUUCUCAGAAUUGACUGAUUCAUUCUUGGGCUGGGAGUAGUUAUCUAACAUGGAAUUGGGGUGAGAUGGUUCUAUCCCACUUUACUAUUUUUAAAAGCUAGCGAGAUGGCCAGAAUUGACGAAUUUGAGGGCCGAGCUGGCUGGCCUUAUGUUGGUUGUAUCUGGAGAGGACGGCUGAUUUUCCAUCCUGUCUGAGGUUAUCCUAAUUGUAUUUCUCAGUUUUGCCAACAGUGCUACUGCCAAAGGAUGCAUUUGGUUUCAUCCUUGAAUAGGUAAACUCUAACGAGUUGUCACAUAACAUAGUUACUUAAGCAAAGGAAGAAUUGCCCAUAUGUAUAUAUGGAUGGGGUACCACCUUUAUGAUGCUGUUCUCUUUACCAAUUUGUGACUACAUUGUACUUUUGCGCACGAACGUGUAUGGCCUAAAAAUUGUCUCUGCUACGUCCUUUUUUCGUUUUCUCAUUUGAGCUUAUCUACACUUCUCAUCUUAUGGUGCAGGACAGUGAUGAACUUGCUGGUCUCCAUUGCUUUCGUCAUCUUCGUGAUCAGUUAUCAUCAUUCAUAGAGUCAAUAAACAGGUGCAGAAUGAUUUUCCUUGUUCACUGUGACAUUACGAACUAAGUUUAUAUUUUUCAGUACUUUUUGAUUCUUUCUUCUGUAUGUAGUAGACCUCAAGGAUAAGGGCUGGUUGACAAUGUUAUCUCAACAGUCUGUAGAUAUGCAAACUACAGAAUAUGUUCUUUAAUUUAUAAAAUGAUUAAGAUGCCAUACUCAAGACGUUCUUUCUAUGUGGCAUAAAAAAUUGAAUUUCGGGGUAAUAUCUGGGAAGAAAAUGUUGGUCUAAUCUUCUAGGUUUUGUCACAGACUGGUUCUGAUAAAGGAGAUGACGUCGUGCUAUGAUUGCAUUCCAAAAUGAUGUAAAUUUCAUAGUUAGGGAAACGUGUUUGACAUUUCAACUCACUAUCAGUUUCAUAUUUAGCUUACCAAAUUAUACAUUACCUUUUUAUGGGCAUGAGAUAAUCAUCAUAUAGGACUGACCUUUUCAUCGGGAAUGUAAGCUAAAAGCGAGAAGAGGAGAGAAUGAUCCUUUUAAUGUGGAAAUAUUAGGGGUGCAGAAUCCACUUAUUUUAUGUAAGAUAUGAUGACCUUUUUGUUUUUUCUGUGACAAUGUUCAUAUGAAACAGUGUCCAUGAGUAUUAAUGUUUCAUUGUAUAUUUAAUGUGAUUUUAUAUUGAGUGAUUCAUUUAUCUCUUCGACUGGCAUUGCAUUCAUUUUAAUGGGACAGUUUGAGGCUUACUGGUUUAAGUGCCUGGAAGGUAUCUUCAUGGCCGUUUUUGCGGUUUAUGGAUGAUGUAUCCCAUUACCUAUGCAGUUGAUUAGUUGGGGAUCUGGUUUUUCUUGCGAAAACAAUAAAAAAGAUGAAUUAGAGAAUUUUGUUCAAUAUAGCUACUGGACUUGACUUAUACUAGGGAUGAUCGUAACAUGGCACCUGCCUACCGGCUGAUUUUGUAAUGAAAAUAAUGAAAUUAUAUAAAUGGCUGUUUUAAGGCCGUGAUUGCUGUUUGCUUCGAGAUUCGUGUUAUUGAAAAAUGGAAAGUAGUUCCAUAUCCCCUAGGUUGAAAAGGUUUCCUUGUUAAUGAACCGGGAUCAGUUGAUUAUGCAUUUAUAUCAUGGGAAAUUAUAUUCAUGUUUAACAGCUCAAAAACUCUCUGCUUCCUCAAUAGUAACGUCCUCCUACAUCUAGUUCAUGAACUUACUGUUUCGGAGGUGUAUCCUUUGUGUAUUUUUUCUAGUUUUGCCCUUUAACUUUGAUAUUUAUUUUGUAGCAUUCUUUCAGCAGAGUUCCUGCGUGCUGCCAUAUAUGACGGGAAGAGUAUGCGUUCCGUUGUUUUGGUGAGAAAUAAGGCAGGAGUUAACAACCUCAUUGGUGGCAUUGAGGAAGAUGUAUGUACAUUCAUCUGCACAAUUACUUUUUACCAUGAUAAUUUCUGUUUUCAAUUCAUUGUCAUGUCUGGCUCUAAAAACUUCGACCUUCCAUUCACUUUACAUGUUUCCUUUCCAUUUGGUCUCCACUGUUCAUUUUGUCGAGUUCUUUCCAAUUAUUUUAUUCUAAUAAUACUCUAUGAUUAUUCGCUUUCAGGUAAAGUUUGAAGAUGAAGAGGUGUCCAAUUUCCGUGAUCGACUCCUUCCUUUUAUUGCUGGCCUGCUUAGAAUUGUGAGUUAUCUGUGAUGACUAUUUAAUAUCAUUUUUCUUGUUUUUAUAUUGAACAGCAUAAAGUUAAAUGGGAGCUGACAUUUUCUCUCAUCAUACUUUUCAAGUUAACAUGAAGCCCAAAUGUCAAACAAGGAAGAGAAACAAAAUGUCUUAGUAAACUCUAUUUUUUCUUGAUUUUUGAGAGUGGAAAAACGUUUACUAUUAUCAAUGAAGUUGAAGGUCAUGGGAUUAAAAAUAGAAGGAAACCUUCACUAGUCAUUCAUAUUACGUAUCCUUAGGUUUAUCUUUAAAGAAUGUUGGAAUAUGGAACCUUGGCUGUUAAAUGUUAUGCUGAAGAUUAAUCAAUUAAAUGCCCAUCAUUGGCUUCAUUGAAUGAUCUAUACAAAAGCAUAAGAUGACUGUGAUUCGUAUCAAAACUAAUUUGCAUAAUAUGUCUACUUCCAAAGGACAUGAAAUCUAUGAAACAACACUCAAUAAUUUUAACGGGCAUUAAUUCGCCCUUGGCAAUUAGUUACAAUGUUGAUGGGAGAAGGAAAAUAUUUGGAGAGGAGAGAAGGCAAUGGAAAGUGCAGAACUGGGGAGGGAUGACUUGCCAUCAAUAACGUAACUAAAUGGAUCCGUAGAGAUAAUAACCCUGCACCAAGUCUCCGACCAUUUCAUUUAUGAAAUUUUCUGCUUGAAUGGCAUGUGGAAAGAUUUUUCUGUCUUUAACAUUGCAAUUUUUGGGCAACAUGAUUGUCCUCUUGUCAACCUUGUAAAACAUUACAUUGGCUAAAUUUAUGCACGUGAUUCUAUCCCUGAAGAAUUUUGAGGAGUUCAUGUUUAAUGCCUUAGAUUCUAACCCUUCAUGGCUGACUUAUGCAUUUUGGUUCAUUCUGGGUUACAGUUUCCUUCUUACAUAAGCUUUGCUCUUUGUGCUGCCAAGGAUGUUUUCUGAAAUAAUUUUAUUUUCAGCCUUUUAGCAUAGAAUUGAAUGAUCUUCUCAUAUCAUUAUUGUUCAUUUCAGGCAAAACUUCCCUCUGUGUUGAGGCUUUACCGUGAGACCCUUAUUACUUCCAUGAAAAAUGCAAUAAAGGAUACGGUCGCUGAAUUGCUUCCAGUUUUGGGUUCCCGAUCUAUGGACUCUGAUUCAAUGAUGGCAGAGCGAACAGUUGACGCAGAUAGUAUGUUUGCUGAUUGCAUAAUCGUUUAAUUUUAUAUGGCCGCCAUUUUACAGUCCGUGUGUAGCUAUUUACAAACUAUCAUUUUUUUAUUAUUCAGGUGGAUCAUCAUUGGCAAGCAGGUUAAGGAACCUUUCUUCUGAAAACUUUGUGCAACUUUUGGUUGCUAUCUUUAGAAUUGUUCAGGUAACUCUACCUAGAGUCAUACUUUUCAUCUCUAUAUUCUAUGUGAUGUUAUCUUUGUUCCAAACGCAUGGAUUAAUUUUCAACGUUAUAAAAUUAUUGUAACUGCGUACGUCUUUUACAAUUUUUUUUGUUCUUCGACUAGUAAUCUUGUUCAAACGUAGCAGUUAUUUUUUCCUUCAAUUUUCACACCUAUUUUAGUUUUCAGAAAAUCAUACAGAAAAUUUUGUGCACAAUGAAGCGAAAGUUAAACAUAUACUCAUUUUUUUUAGAAGGAAAAAACUCGUUCUCAUUUCUUUCUGGUGAUCAUUUUUUCAGAAAAUUUCUGGUGUCUUUCUGGUGCAAAAACCUGUUUUUUUAAUUGGAGUACUGGCUGGUACCAUUGCAUAUGACUAGCUUUCCUUAAAAAACCAGACAAUCAAAGGUUCAUGCAGUGUGAUCAUUAUGCAGUUGAUUGCUAUAUUAUAUACUAGAGGGAUGCGCUAUCAUAUAUUGUCUAAUGCAUGUUUUCGUUAUCUCUUGUAACACAGAUUUUUAUCUGAUCAGAAUCUUCUAAAAGUUUAUUUUUAAGGUUUAUAUCUGCCAAUGUUUUCGUUUGUCAUGUUAUAAAUAUGCUUUAAAAGUAAGUUUUAUGUAUUUAUCCUAUUUAGCUUUCUAUUUUAUGGAAUCAUGUAAGGAGGCAUCUUACAUCAUUUUUAAUAUAUAGCUGUUUUGAUGUUUUGAUUGUAAAUAGAAUUGAGUUUCUUUUGUUUUUCAAAUGUUGUUUAGAUAGUGGAAUGCAGUCUGUUUGGAAUUUCUAUCUCUAUUUCAUGCAUCAUCUUCUUUCACCUGGUACCAGGAUAUUAGGUUACACGCAAAGGGUUUUGGUUAAUGUUUCGGUUUGCUUUGAAUUUUUUGGUAGGGUUGUGGGUCUACAGACCUCUUUAGGCUAUGAUGGAAGUUUUCUUGUUCGUCCUUUCUGCUAACGACAAAAUUUAAAGAGUAAUGCAUGUAUAUUCUAGUAUCCAACGAUACCUACUAUACAUAAUAUGGUCCUGGUACUGCUCAUUCCAAAUUUUUUGUUGGUCUAUCUAGUCAAUACAUAUCAUGUACGUUUCUCUUUCCAAAGGAGAUUUUCUUUUUUAGAUUGAUCCAUCCAUCAGGUUCAAAAUUGGUGUCAGUCUAGGAUGUAGAAAUAUUUUUCGAAUUGAUUAAAAACUUGGGCUAGAUUUAAUUAAGGCUGAAUGUUUUGAAAGUCAAGAUGAUUCGUGCUUGUUUGAAUAGCAUCACAUUCAUUGUGAUAGUAAAUAUCGGGAUAAAAUAUAGGGUUACUUUGGUAGGGAUAAAAUAUCGGGAUAAAAAUCGGUAUGUUAAAAGAUAUGGCUGCGUGACUCAAGAUUCACUUUUCAACCGUAUGUUAAAAGAUAUAGCAUCACAUUCAUUGUGAUAGUGUUGGACGAUCUGAUCAUUUAAACACUUUUCAACCGUUUCUAGUUGUAUCCUGCAAGUUUUACUCAAUAAUUAUCGUACCCUGAUCAUGAAUUGGUUGUAGAGUUAAAUAGCAUUGGGAAGAUCGGAGUCUGGAAAUCUAUUUACUUUUACUAGACUGCUAGUUUUCUGUCUUAUUCAGCUGUAUUGACAUCAUUUGAUUUAUCAAUAAGAUUAUUAGUCGUUGUUGUAGUUUCUCAUCUUUAAGUGAAUACAGGCUCAUUUAGUGAGAGCAGCUGAAGUUAAAAGAAUGAUUGAGUGGAUCUUUGGGAACGUUGAUGGUUAUGUUCUAGAUACCGUUGCUCAAUCAACAGCUGUUUCUGAAUCUUCCCUCGAGAUCAGUGCCCAAGGUCUUUCUUCCUAUUCUUUACCAAGAAAUGCAUCAAAAGGUCCAUUGUUUAAUGGAAAAACAAAUGAGACUUUCAGCCCUAACAGCUCCAAAAAUUUCCGGUAAUGCCGUCUAUUCUCUGAUUAAUCAUCUCUAUUUUAAGAGAAUAUUAUUCGGGGAAUUAUUUUUAUCAUGUAUGUCUCGUGCUCUGGCCUGGUACUGCUUGUGUUUUUUCUUGAAAAAAAUUAAGCUGAUAAUUUUAUUUUCUUAACUCUAGUUACACCAGAAAUUUCAUCUUUUGACAUGUGGUCUAGCUGGUGGUUCCUUGUAAACACGUGGACAUUCUCGAAACUACCAAGUUUAUAGAUAGAGGUUACUGUCUGUACGAGUUGGUUCCUAUGUCAUAUCUUUUAUUAUUCCCCGAAUGUUUGGAAAAUCCAUCCGGUCUAGAGGGGAUGAAUUGUCAUCCAUGGCAAAGACAUAUCCCUUAUCUUAUUCCGAUGUUAGUUGCUAUAUUUAAUUUUAAGGCAAUGUGUGACUUGUGAGGGAUUAUGCUCCAAAAAAAUGUGAUCUCCAAACGUUUUUUGAAUAUUUUGAUAAAAGAGUAUUUUUAGGAGUAGCUUCAUUCAGUUCUCAUUUUUAUCUUCAUCAAAUGAAGUCACUGUAUGGAAAUAAGAAUUUUUUUGUCAUCUUUCUCAAUGCAUCAUUCUGUAAAGCACCCAACACAAGAGAUGGCAAAACGGGAGGAUAGAUAACAGUAAACUUGAGAUUUAAGGGGACGUUAAGAGGAGAGGGAGAGAUAGAGAGUACUGUCUUGCAGGGGGGUAACGGAGGGGAAGAGAGGGCGGGAAGGUGGAAGAUAAAGGGGAUUAACCCUAACACGGGACUUCGAGGUGCCCCAAUCUCCUCUGGUCCGCCCCCCCGCCCCCCGCCCCCCCCUUCUGUUUCCUAAUCCCGUCCUAAUAUAUUAACUAAACCUUCGUGGGUGGGUUAUUGGGCUUCCUACGAGUGUAAGUUAGGCCCAGUGGUCUAACACAUUCUUUAGCCCUCCGCUUCCGUUUUAAGUCCUCACUCAGCAGCCAAAUCCCCAUUUUCUUGAGCAUCUCUUGCAGCUCUGGUUACUAUAGUGGCAGGGAUGAUUCCUUGGCCCUCCUAGAGUUCCAUAGCCUCAAUUUUGGAGCUUAGCAGCUUCUGUUUUGAUUCAAGUGUUCCCUGCAUCAUUCUCAUGUCUUAGCACUUUGUCUCCUAUGGUUGAUCAUAACUUAUGCGCAGUUCUUUGGAGCUUUGUUCCACUUUUUCGCUAUUGGCUAACCAGCUCAAAUUUGUUAACCACGUCUCGUAGAUGUGGUGUACAAUUACUGGUGAAAUCACCCUUUAUUAUCAAUUACUUUUGUAAUGUAUUUCAGGGACAGAAAGUUUGUACUAUUGUCCUGUAUCUCUACUAGGUGCGAAGAGUAAAACAUGUUCCCUCCUCAUUAACUUGCAAUCCCUUUUGCCUACCGAGUUUCCUUUUAAACCUUGUUUUUAUUUCCACAUCACAUGUCAAGAUUAGUUCCCAUCACAAGUUUUCCUUCUCAGUAUUUCAUUUAUAAAUUUAAUCAAUUCUUUACAUUUGAGAGCCCAGGUUUUCCCUGUACUAACUGACAUCAUAGCUUCUACAGCCUUAUCCCCAAGAAAAAGGAAAGGUUUCUAAUCAAUUUUUUUCUAUAGUUUUUUAUCUUGAAAUUAGUGCAAAAAGUGGCAGAUCUGUGGCUGUUUGUAUUCUCACCAAUAGAGGAGAAUGCUCUCCAAUACCCAAGCAGACCUUUUUAUGUUCUCAUGUCUAGGUAAACUCCGGCUUUCUUUAGAGUUAUCAUGCCUUGAAUACAUGUUAAAAGUAAGCAUUUUGUGAAGCUUUCGAAUUAACCUUUAUUAGCUUAUGUAAUACUUAUGUAGUUGUCAAUUGAGGAUCCUGUGUGAUUUGUCCUUUUAAUGGACUAUGGAAAUCAUACUCACUGCUGCUUUCUCCAGAUCUUUGGGAAAUGAACGCGAAAAAGAAAGGGAAAAAAAAACUCGAAUGGGACGAGCCCAACAUCACCGCAUAAUGAAAGUUUUGGUCUUGUAGUUUUUGGUCUCUGAUGAUGGAUUGUUAAAUGCUUUAUUUUCCCAUAUUUGGCAAAUCUAAAUGUCUUCUUAAGAGGUACCUGUCCGUACAUUGAUAAGAGAUGCAGAGAUUUCUAAGGAGCAUAUAUUAGUUUCGAAAAGUGUGCUACAGGAUGUUGUUCUUGUAGUUAGCAGUGAUAGUGUACGCCUCCUUUGCUUUUGAUUCUCUCUUGAUUUCCAAAAGUAUGCGUUUGGAUGUAUUUAUAAUUGCAACUUUUGCUUUUAUCAAUUUUUCGAAGCUUUGAUCUAGCUGGUAAUUGAUCUUCCUAAAACUGUUGCAUUACUUGCAGUGCUGACGUACUGAGAGAAAACACAGAAGCUUUAUUUGCUGCCUGUGAUGCUGCUCAUGGAAGGUGGGCUAAACUUCUUAGUGUCCGGGCCCUUCUUCAUCCCAAGCUAAAGCUGCAAGAAUUUCUUAGUAUUUACGACGUUACUCAGACAUUCAUUACCACCACCGAAAAGGUAUCGUUACAUCUUUUGUGAUGGCUUCUGUUGACAUUAGAUCCUGUGCUGAACAUGUUGAUUUAAUCAGAUUGGCGGUCGGAUGGGUUAUAGCAUAAGGGGAACAUUGCAAUCCCAAUCAAAGGCCUUUUUUGACUUUCAGCACGAUUCUCGAGUAAGCUGAUAGUUUAUCAGUAGUUAUUGUGUCUAUAUUCUUUAAGUGAAUCAUGCCUUUCCUCCCUAGUAACAACAAAAUUAUUGCAGAUGACGAAGAUUAAGGCUGUUCUUGAUCAAGAGACAUGGGUUGCUGUGGAUGUCCCGGAGGAAUUCCAGGCCAUUACUGAUUCAUUUUCUUCUGAUAUCUCAAAUGUCGAACAUGCAAAUGUCAGCAUGAACGCGACAUCAAAUUACAGCGACCAAGUUCCGAAUCAUAGUAACUCAGAGAAAGCAGAAUCUGGGACCGCAGUUAAGCAGCCAAGUAAGCAAGAUGACUCCGUUGAUAUCUCUAUAGAGCAUGAGAAGCAGGAUAAGGGCACAUCAAGAAAUCAAGAAAAGAAAGUUGCCGCUUUACGUAGUGUUCAGAGUGGUGAUGCAAACGCCAGUGAGCAGGGGAAAUCUACCACUCAAACUCUUAUCUACAAGGGCAUUGGUUACCACAUGGUAAACUGGUAAGUUUUGUUCUCAGUGAGUUCUAAUGUGUUGAAAAUUAUUCAGAUAUCAUCGCUUGGGACUGGUUUUCAUGAACUUCAUUUUUUGCUGUUCUAUUUUGCGUUGUCUUUGAAUAGUGUCUAAUUUAGCAUAAUUUUGAAAAACAAAAUCCGUUUCCAUUUGUUACCCUGGUUUGCGGCUAAUAUGUUAUUUUUACUGUUUUUUCAGUGGCUUGAUCCUGCUAAAAACUCUGUCAGAGUAUGUUGAAAUUAGCAAAUCCUUGCCUGCAUUGUCUCCUGAGGUUGGCCAUCGCGUUGUGGAGAUACUGAAGUUCUUCAAUACGAGGACUUGCCAGCUCGUUCUUGGUGCUGGUGCCAUGCAGGUUUUCCACUUAUCUGACGGUUAAUUUGCCAAUGUUUUUUGCAGCAGCGACUGUAGUGGCUUAUUGCUCAUGACAUUUUAUGGGCUGAUCAAUGCCUAUCUUGUUGCUCGACAGAGAUAACAAUAAAAACCAAAAUGAAACCUGAAGGCCAUUUAUUUUUUAAUUUGGACUGAGCGCGAAUAGGUUGGGGCUGGUAGCUUGAGAACUGGAGCUAAAGGUGAAUUGCUAGUAAAACAGUGCCAUAACAUCCCCAUAACCAUGCAAUGAACCCGUGUUAGGCGUGACCUUACCAGUGGACAUUUUCACUCGCGUGGCUAAUCAGCUCUGUACGUGAAGUCCAGACUUUUCCUUUGCCCAAUUUCUUCCCUUUCAAUCCCAAGUUCGAAUACUUUCAUAAUUUCUCUUUUAACUUUUCCUAAUCAUUAUUGUCGGUUAAAAAGUCCACCAAGUGGUCUCCUUGGUUAUUUUCCAUCAAGCUAUGAAUUGACUUGUAAUGACUGAUUAUAGUAUACAACUAAAAGGGAAAGGGGAUAUUCUGGGUCAUAAAUCUGGACUAUUUGUAAGAUAUAGUGUAGGAAAGCAAUCAUAAGUUGCUGUUCUAAAUAAGUGACUUGCCUUAGCCUACCCAUGUUGGAUGCUGUGUAACAUUGUGGUUUGUUCUAUUUUUUCCAUGAACAAUAACUUUAUUCCGACUGUGGACAUCUAUUACAUGUUCAUCGAUAAUCUAUUGAUGUUUAGAUAUUUUUAUGUGGUAUCUAAUGCAGGUUUCAGGACUAAAGUCUAUAACUUCAAAGCACUUAGCCUUGGCCAGCCAAGUAAUUAGUUUUAUUUCUGUUAUUAUGCCAGGUAACUCGUUUAAAAUUUUGGAUUUAUCUUGACGUUUGAACAAGUAGAUGCUUCAAUCUUCUGAUUAAUACAGUGACAUUACCUCACAUCAAUUCUUUUUUGGACUGCCUUUUGUUCUUCUAGAUUUAUAGGCUUGCUCAACGUUUAUAGUGAUAAUGCAAAUCGUUGACAAUAUUUCCGUUGUCUUUUUACUAAAAUCGUUUACCAGCGUUAGCUUUAGUUUCUCAACAAAAUCAGUCAUAUUCUUGUAGCUUUUUGUCUUUUCCCGAUAGUAUGGCUUUUUUAGUCACGUAUGACCAGAGCUAACUGAGCGGGCUUAGUAUGCAAUGUCAAAUUGACAGAAAACAUCCAUGGGUAUGGUUGGGUUUCAGCGUCUUUGAUUGACCCUGGGAAUUAAUUGGAUUAAAGUUGACUCAUUUGUAGUAAGAGUUGAUCCAAAUAUGGGACAAGCUAUCCGGAUUUAUUGCUCUACUUUUUAGUUUUUUUGUUCAGCUUGCUGAUAUUGAUAAUACUUUGAUUUAUGUUACCCAGAUAUCAGGAGGGCUAUUUCUAUGAAAGUCCCGGAAAUUCGUAAAGCUGUCCUGCUUGCUGAUAUUGAUAAAGUAACCCAGGUAUAAAGCUAGACUAGCUUCUGCCUACUGGUGAUUGAUCAUAUAUUGAUCGGGCUUUUGUCUUAAGCUCCCCAAGAGUCUUUUGUGUGAAGAAACCCAGGAAGGGUUAACUUACGUCCCCCCUACCCGCCAAAAAAAAAAAAGAAAAAAAAAGAAAAAAAUAGUUACCUUUCUUUCAAACAAUUCAUGUUAUAGAAUUUCAGUGGAUAAAAUUUUAAUCAUGUUGGAAUGUACACUGAUUACUGAUUAUUUCCAGGGUUUUCAGCGCAUUUAACGUUUAUCUUAUGUUGCAAUUUUUAGCAUCAAGCCUCUAUACAGAAUCUCAUUGUUAGUAUCGUGAUCGACCUUUACUUUGUUGAAUUGCUGUACAGUUUUUUUAGCUGGCAUAGUGAAGUUCUCUCCGAUAGUUGUACGUUAAUUCUUCUGUUGUCAGGGGGCCCUGGCCUUUAUUGACGUUAUUCAUCAAAUUUCAGGAUUAUAUAGUGCACCGUGAUGAGAUUCACAGUAAACUUGUUCAGAUAAUGAGGGAAAGAUUGCUAGCUAAUAUUCGUAAGCUACCUCAAAUUAUUGAGACUUGGAAUGGACCAGAGGAUAAGGAUGAGCAGCCCAGUAUCUUUGCUCGGUCAGUUACAAAGGUGCGCUGCCUUUUCGAUGACGGGCCUGUUCAUUCGAAGAUCUUCAUUUGUUUUGGAAUAGCUAAUGCUCUAAUAUUUUUCAACUCAUCAAUGAAGAUAUCUUUUAUUUUUACCAACACAUUUAGAACGAUGCCCCAUCAUUUCAUUUCGUCCCCAAUUUAAUGAUUUAUUCACUUGUUUGAUGAAAUGUACCCUUGUUGUUAAAGCUUUUUUAAUUUCGUUAGAAAAGAAGCAAGUGGAUCCUGCUGUUGUACACAGGGAUGGCAGACAGCCGUAUCUAACUAAACACUGAUUAUUCUUUUGUUCAGGAAGUUUCCUAUCUUCACCGGAUCUUAUCUCAGACUUUGCUAGAAGCUGAUGUACGGACAAUUUUCAGGUAUUGGUAAACCAUCAAAUGACGUGCUCCAUAUUUAUGAAAAUAAAAUAUCUUCAUAACAAUUAGUAGUCAUUUACUAUCUUUUCUGAAUUGGUUGCAUUAUGGAAUGCAUAUUCAUGGUAUAUACUUUGCAGGAUUGAAAACAUGACACACGGAGUCAGUCACCUUGGGAGGGUUCCAGUUUUUUCGUCUACUCUCAACAUUCUUUAUUAUUUCGUUUCUACCUGCCUUUCAAUUCUCUAAAGGUCAUUGCAUAUGUGGGAAAUCUUUUGGGUCUAGGUACCUGGGAAUCUAAUAUAGUCAACACCAUCACCUGGGAGAAUGAUGCGUGAGAGCUUUCCGGAAUUCCCAUUAGUGGAUAAUAUCUCAUGCUUUGCAAAUCGAAAAAAGUGGCAGACGAGGGUUGGGAUUUCUUUCAUAAAUGAUAUAAUAUGCACCUUUUCUUGGAGAAUGAUGAACGAAGUGCCCGGAUUCCUUCCUAAUAUUUCCAAUCAUUCUAUCUUUUUCCCCGGCUUUCUAUCGGAGAAAGCAAAAGAGAAGUACUAGCCGAGUCUUUCAUUUUUCCUUUUAUUUUUAUUUUUAUUUUUUAUUUUUAUGUAUGCUUGUGCGAUUUUACCAUCAGUUUCUUCAUCAUGGCUCGUCUUCUCCGUGCAGGCAAGUGGUGCAAAUAUUUCAUUUACACAUCUCAGAGGCAUUCUCAAACCUGGCAAUCAACACCCCGCAAGCCAAGAACAAGUAUAGUUACUUCCAAUCCUCUGCUUUCUCCCCUUUCCCAUUCGGGAAGAAACGAUUCUCGAUUUGUUAUUGAUUCGAUUCACUCUCGAGCAGGUUAUAUCGUGACGUUCAGCACAUUCUUGGGUGCAUUCGUAAACUGCCUGCUGAUAGCGUCGGCGAGGGCGGCGUACCAAAUCGCGGCCUGCUCGAUGAAUUCUUGGAACAGCGUUUUGGAUCAGAGGUGGAUCCAUGA